AUGUCCUAUGACCGCUACGUUGCCAUCUGCAAGCCCCUGCACUACGGGACCUUGAUGGACAGCAGAGCUUGUGCCACCAUGGCAGCAGCUGCCUGGGGCGCUGGGGCUCUCCAUGCUCUGCUGCACACUUCCAAUACAUUUUCCCUGCCUCUCUGCCAAGGCAAUGCCAUCAAUCAGUUCUUCUGUGAAAUUGCCCAGAUUCUCAAGCUCUCCUGCUCUGGUUCUUACCUCAGAGAAGUUGGGAUUAUCAUAGUUAGUGCCUUAAUCUUUCUUGCUUGUUUUGUUUUCGUUGUGCUGUCCUAUGUGCAGAUCUUCAGGGCCGUGCUGAGGAUGUCCUCUGAGCAGGGACGGCACAAAGCCUUCUCCACGUGCCUCCCUCACCUGGCCGUGGUCUCCCUGUUUCUCAGCACUGGCAUGGUUGCCUACCUGAAGCCCCCCUCCAUCUCAUCUCGAUCCCUGGACCUGGUGGUGUCAUUUCUGUACUCGGUGGUGCCUCCAGCAGUGAACCCUCUCAUUUACAGCAUGAGGAACCAGGAGCUCAAGAAUGCAGUGAGGAAAAUGAUGCCCUGGUCACAUUUGAGCAGGGAUAAACUACACAUCUGUCUCAACAACUUGUACUGA